UCUCAAGAUGGUGGCGCCCAGUGGUGCCAUGAGCGAUUCAGAGAGCAGUAGCAGCAGCAGCAGCAACAGCGAUGCAGAGGAAUUGGCGCGGUGCCGCGAAGCCGCGAUGCCGGCCUGGGGGCUGGAGCAGCGCCCGCGGGGAGCAGAGAAACAGAGAGCCGAUGCUGUAGGUAAUCAGCUGCCAGCCUCCCAGCCAAGCCUCAGGCACAAGGUGGACCAGCAUGACCAAGAUGGCAAUGAGCUUCAGACCACGCCUGAGUUCCGAGCCCACGUGGCCAGGAAGCUGGGAGAGCUGCUGGACAGCUCCAUCUCCAUCUCAGAACUAGUGAAGGAACCACAGAAAGACAAGGCACAGCAAGCAGCUGGGGAAGAUGAUGGCUUCCGCCUUUUCUUCACAUCCAUCCCUGGAGGCCAUGACAAGGAAGCUUCUCCCAGACCCCACCAAAAGCAAAAGCGACGGCCCCCCAGCUCCAGCGAGGACAGUGACCAGGAGUGGCAGCGGUGCCGGGAGGCAGCUGUGUCAGCUUCUGACAUUCUCCAGGAGUCAGCCAUCCACUGCCCUGACAAGGUGGAGAAGAGGGUGGAGGAGAAGAAAAGGAAGGUGAAAAAGAAAGCCAAGAAAGCGGCCGACAUCACCUUGGCUGCAGCCGUAACCCCUGCCAGCAAAGCCACUGGCCUGAAACAGGAAAAGGAAGCGGGCAGGGUCAGUGGUGACCAGGUGUCACUUGGGACCAAAAAGAAGAAAAGUAAGAAAAAGGCCAAGAAGGCCAGUGAGGCUUCCCCAUGCCUGACCACAAAGAGUGCAAUGGCCGUGCCUGCAAACUGACUUAGGCUGUGAGCACCAUGCCCCCAGCUCUUAGCGGGAAGCACCAUGGGGUUACGGCAUAGCUGAGCCAUACGUCUUCCGAGUUCAAACUCACAUUCUGUCUACAAGAUCCUGAUCUUGGUUGGGCUUGCCCAAGAAUCUGGGCAAAGAAGUAGCUAUGUGAGGAGAAGCCUAACCUAGUCUAGACAGACUUACAGUUCCAGAACAUUCUGUUACCUCAGGAAUAUUACUACAAGCCAAGUAAUAGAGCAUCCAUCUCUCCAGUACUGUCUAAAGUGGGUAGCUGAAGGAAGACCUCCACCGCCCCCCUCCCCUUCCGAGCCUGAUGUGACAGAUGGGCCUUAGGAAAUGGGGAUGCAGGUCUCCAAGCUGCUGAGACCCAGAGAAACUUCCAUGCUUCUCUCCCAGCCCACAUAGACUUAACGGAACAUUGUCCAGAAAAGAAGGAAAGAUUCCUGCCACACAUACAUACCCCAGUUUUCCAGAAUUUUCUUUCCAAAUUUGUGAACGUGUCAUCCAUGAUGAUGUGUCUGAGUCAGCUCACUUUACUGAAAAUAAAUUGUUAGAGGGCUAGGGAUAUAGCUCAGUGUAGAGUGGAGGCCUAGCAACCACAGGGCUCUGAGUUCUAUUCCCAGUACCAAAAAGAAAAAAUAAAUUAUCAAGUAAACCAAAACUUAGACUUGAGUACUACCACUGAGUCAGUGCUGUAUCACUUCUGUUUGUUUUAAAGAUUGUGUGUGUGUGACUGUACAUGUAAGUGAUCACACACAUCAGAUCCCCUGGCACUGGAAUUAAACAGGUGGU